AAUGAGUUCCAAAAUACUUUUGGCCGGCGCCACGGGCUACGUAGGAGGAACCGUCUUGAGCACGCUCCUAAACAGCCAAGAUGAGGCAGUAAAUAAUGCAUCCAUAUCUGUUCUUGUCCGGAAUAAGCAGCAAGCAGAGGUUCUGGAACAAAGAGGCGUUGCUACUGUCCAAGUUGGCGACUAUACCGAUACAGCUGCCAUCGCGGAGCUAGCCAGCAAUUAUGAUGUUAUUAUCAAUGGCGCCUCUGGCUUCGACCACGGUCUCGCAAACGCAUUACUCGCAGGCCUCGCCCAGCGCAAGCAAACCCUCGGCGUCGAGGUCCAUUAUAUCCACACAUCAGGAACAACAAACAUCGCCGAUAGUCCGACACUGGGUCUAUAUCCCGGGCACCAGGCAGACCCGAUAUCCGACUCCUCCCCAGCCCAGCUCACCUCGACACUUCGAAGACUAGACGCCGCAGCGCCGUAUACCCAGCGCAGUGUUGAACUCGCCGUGCUGGAUAAGGGGAACGCCACCGGCGUUAGAACGCAUAGUAUUUGUCUUCCCAUGCUGUUUGGGAUUGGGACGGGUCUAUUCCGGACAGUGUCGGGGCAGAUCCCGAUCCUGGUUGGUGGUGCUAUGCAGGCUCGGCAGGUGUGGCUUGUUGGUGAUGGGUCUGCUUUGAAGGCGUAUGUUCAUAUAAAGGAUGCUGCGAUGGUUUAUGUCCUUGUUUUGAGUAGGGUUCUUCGUGGUUUGCCCGUGCCGUUUGGUGAAGAGGGUGUUAUAUUUGCUGGAGACCGUGAGUAUAGUUGGAAUGAAGUUGGGGAGAGGAUUGCGAGUGUUGGAAAGGCGCGGGGUGUUCUUGAUACAGACAGGAUUAAGUACGUGAGUAUGCAGGAGGGGGCGCGUCUGUUGGAGAUGGAUGAUAUGCAGUACGUUGAGGCUGCGUAUUUGUCGAGUGCGAGGGUAACUGCAGAUGUUGCUCGGAGCCUGGGUUGGCAGCCGGUGCACUCUGAUGAGUUUGACAAGUACUUCCAUGAUGUCUGGGAGAUUGUAGCUAAAUAAUUACGUCCUAUACAUCCAGUCUAACUAGACUUUAC